AUGAAUCACCAGAUAAAAGCUUCAGAUUUAGUGUGUAUAAAAGAUUUAACUGAUGCUGGAAACCUUCACAUCAUUGUACACAAAAAUAAAAUAGUCAAGGAAACAGACAAAAAUUCUCAUUUAUUGCAGACAAAAGGAACAAAGCAGUGA